AUGGGAUGCAGUUAAUUAAAGUCAGACAAUAAAUAAUUGAAAGAUAAUAAUUCAAAAUAAAACGGUCCUAUUUCAACUUAGGUUUCUAUGGGAUUGACAAUAAUUUAGAAAACUGAGUCAGUAGAUGCUGACUAUAUUCUACAUAAGUUAGAUCCACUUGCAAGUAAAUAAUAUUAUAUUAUAUCACAAUUAGCACUUCGAAGUUAUAUUAGAAAAGGAAUCUCGAAAAGUAAUAGUUAAUCAAGAAUAAUAAGGACAUAUAAUUGUACAAAUGCAAGUCUAGAAAAAAAAUAACAAUUGCAAGAGACUAUCAAUCUGUUGAUAUCUUUAGUAUAGAAUUACUUAUAAAUUAGAAACAUUUAUAUGUUUAAAAUACUUUAGCCUAUUAUUAUUAUGAUGGUAGGUUAAGUAUAAUAGGAGAAUACAUUGAUGGAGGAAAUCUUUUAACAUAACUGGAUAAAUUUAGUUAAUUGCAAUAAUACUAAUAGAUUGAUAUAUUUUGUUAGAUUAUGGCUGGAGUAUAAUACUUACAUGAUAAUGGGGUGAUGCAUGGGUAUAGUUAAAUAUGAAAUUAGUGAUAUUCGCUUAGAACAUAUUGUUUUUACGAAUAAAAAUUUAGAAAGUAUAAAAUUAAUUGAUUUUGGAAUAUCAAAUUCAUUAAAAUAAGAAUUUUCUUCAUGGAAACCUAACAAUACUAUGUAGGAAUUAUCUUUGAAAUCACCAGAAGCAAUUAAAGGAUAAUCAACAUUUAAAUCUGAUAUUUAUUCUUGUGGUUGUCUCUUAUAUUUCAUAAUAACUUCUCAUAUGCCAUUUUAUGCCACUAAUUAUCAAUCAUUGAAAAAUUGUAUUCUACGGGGUGUACCAAAUUUUGAUAGUAAUGAAUGUGCUAAUUUAAAUCCUUAAAUGAAAUAGUUAUUAAUCAAAAUGUUAAAUGCCAAUCCAUAACGUAGACCAACAGCACAAGAAGUACUUAAUAAUCCAAUUUUUAUGAAUAAAAUUAGAGUUAUGUACAAACCUAAUAAAUAAUUAUAAAAACAUAUGAAAGAAUUCAAAGUAAUAUUAAAUAUUUAUUAGAUAUCUUCUUAAUUAUAAGCUGCAAUGUUAAUGUAUAUAGCAGAAAAUAUGAUGUCAGAUUAAGAUAAAAAAAAGUUAAUGGAUGAAUUCUAAAAAUUUGAUCUCAAUAAAGAUGGAUAAUUAACAAAAGAUGAGCUUCUUAAAGUUUAUUCAGAAACUUUACCUCCAGAUAGGGCUUUAAAAGAAGUGAAUACAAUUUUUAAAAGAAUAGAUGUAAACGGCAGUGGAAAAAUUGAUUAUUAAGGUAAAAAAAGAUAUUGAUUAAAUUAGAAUUUAUUAUUGCAACUAUUGACUAAAAGAAAUAUUUUAAUAGAGAAAAACUUUUAAUGUUAUUCACACAAAUUGAUAGAGAUCAUAGUGGAGAAUUGAGUAGAUAGGAAAUCAAAAAGUUAUUAAGAGACAUAUAAAUACCAAUUAAUAAAUAUGAAUAAUUAGUUAAAUAAUUAGAUUAAGAUGGUGAUGGAGCAAUAACAUAAGAAGAAUUUCUCAAAAUGAUGUUAUAAAUUUGA